CCCCCCCCCAUGCUUUAACUGCUCUGCUUCAAACAAUGAAUAAUUCAGCAGACUUGGGUGGAUCUGCUCAGUAUUAACCAUGGUGUUGAUCUAAAUAUUGUUGUGCAAACCUGACACACACGCUUCUGUAAUGUAAAAAUCUCGAGUUCCAUAGCACCACAACCAGAGGAAAUUAAUGAGGUGAACGUGGUCGUGACUCUUUUUUUAUGUAAAUUACCUUUUUAGGUAUUUUUUUUUCGUAGUGUGAGUGUAGACACAUAUUAAGAUGAGUAGCUGAGGGGGUGAAUGGUGCAGUCAGCACGCAGUGCGGCUUCUCGUGCGCUGCUUCGAGACGCACUGUUGCUUCAAGAUUGGCAUAACUGCAUCCUGGAGAAGGAAGGAACUUGAAGACCAGAGUGAAAGACAGAUAAAAACAAGAGAAUUGGGCUGCGGAGGCCAAACUCUUGGAUCCUGGCCAUGAGGUUUGAUGCCUCACUUUAUUGAAGGGAGACACUGGACCUAAAUGGCGCAGCAUGACUUUGUUCCUGCCUGGCUUAGCUUCUCAACGCCACAGUCAACCAAGUCCCCUGCAGCCACCUUUGAGAAACAUGGAGAGCAUCUUCCCCGGGGAGAGAGCCGCUUUGGAGUGAGCCGCAGACGACACAACUCUUCUGAUGGAUUUUUCAAUAAUGGGCCUCUCAGAACUGCGGGAGAUUGCUGGCAUCAGCCCUCCCUGCUCCGCCAUGACUCUGUAGAUUCUGGGGUUUCUAAAGGAGCUCAUGUUGGGCUAUCCGGCAGUCAGCCUGGCUGGCAUGGCCCUUCACGGGGUCAUGAUGGUAUGAACCAGCGUGGUGGAGGAGGAAGUGGAGCCCAUCGCCACUGGAAUGGCAACUUCCACUCCCGGAAAAGUUCUGCCUUUCAAGAGAAGCUGCCUGCUGAAGCCAGGGAAGAGAAGAAGGAAGAGAAGGAGAAGUUGCAGUUUGAAGAAGAAGACUUUCCAUCUUUGAAUCCAGAAGCCGGGAAACAGAAUAACCAGAGCAAACCUUUAGGGACACCUUCUGGAGUGUGGGAAAACCCUCCUAGUGCCAAGCAACCUACCAAGAUGCUGGUCAUCAAAAAGGUUUCUAAAGAGGAUCCUGCUGCCGCCUUCUCAGCUGCAUUUACAUCACCUGUUCCACAUCUGGCAAAUGGCAACAAGACUACCACCAUUGUCCCAAGUGUCUACAAAAAUCUAGUUCCUAAACCUGCAGCUCCUCCUUCCAAGACAGGAAAUGAAAACAUCGUUUCUACCCCAGAGAAGCUUAUAAUCUGCACCAGUUUCCUGACUUGUAGAAAGAGGUGUCAGACUAAGCCAAGUCCAUGGAAAUCUAACCGAAGUGAACAUAAACCGGGCUCGCUCUCGUCCAGCCGUGACUCUGCCUUUACCAGUCCGGUGUCCAUAACCAAACCAGCGGUAUUGGCAAGUGGCUCAGUCCUCACCUCACCCAAAGAGAGUCCUUCCAGCACCACCCCUCCCAUUGAGAUCAGUUCUUCACGCUUGACAAAGCUGAUGCGCCGUCCCACUGAUAAGAAGAGCGAGUUCCUGAAGACACUGAAAGAUGACAGGAAUGGGGAGAUCACAGAGAACAGAGAAUGUGACAAAUUGGAUGAUGUGGAGGGCAACAGCACACCAGAACCAAAGGAAAAUUGGGAAGAGAAUUGCCACCAGAACGGCCUUUCUCUCCCUUUGAUGGAGGAGGGAGAGAAUCUCUCUCAUUCACUGGAAGCAGAACACAGAUUAUUAAAAGAAAUGGGAUGGCAGGAGUAUCCUGAAAAUGAAGAGAACUACCUUCCCCUCACUGAGGAUGAGCUCAAAGAGUUCCAAGUUAAAUCUGAGCAGCUAAGAAGAAAUGGAUUCGGGAAGAAUGGAUUUCUUCAGGGCCGCAGCUCCAGCCUGUUCUCCCAAUGGAGAAGCACUUUUAAGACAGAGUUUGAGGACUCGGACACAGAAACUAGUAGCAGCGAAACUUCAGACGAUGAUGCCUGAAAGUGGGCACAAAAAAUUUAAAAAAUGAAUAACACCAACCCAAUAAACUCAGUUCAUAGUUCAACAUGUGUUUGGGGUUGUAUAAACUAAACAGAGUUUAUUCUGUCUCCAGUCUGUUCAGUUUUUCUUUUGUUGUUGAAUACUUCUUGCACAAGGGAAAUAAUCUUAUCCCAAAGAAAAAAAGAAAUUGGCUUGUUUAGCUUUUUCUUUUGGUUUUGCCCUAAUGCUUAAUAGAAGUUUGUGCAGCUAGCAGAUUUUGAGAGAAAUCCCUUCUGGGGCAAUGCACAAGUUCAGUCUUGUAAGCAGGAUACAGGGGACUGAUCUUUGCAACAACAAGCUUCUAAUAAUGCCGCCUGCAUUGCAUAAUGUUGCGCGGUAACAAUGUGCUAAAACAAUCAUUGUCAAUGACAAAAUGGCUAUUGAAGUUCUAAUUGUGUUAAAUUAAUGCUAAUAACAUGAGUUUUUUAUUUUAUUUUUUUGGCGGCUCGGGGAGCUUCAUCACUUAACCAGGCGUUUGUGGUUUUCUUUUUUUUUGGGUACAGCUGUAAAAUAUUUGGAUAUAGGAAUUGUUUGUGUUCUUCUUGCAGCCUUGAUAUUCAGGGUGGAUUGUAAAAUAUAAAUUUUUUGUGAGAUUUCAAAGAUUAAGAUUAUUUUGAUAACAUUAUUUACAGAUUUAAAAAAGUGACUAUCACAUUGAGUCUGUAUGAGGGGAAAAACUACUGCAUCAAAAAAUAACUAACUUGGAAUAAAUAUUUUGCAUCAGUUUGCCAA